CAAACAGGAAGAGACCAGCACCUGAAGAUCAAUGAAAUUUGAUAAUCGUAUGGAAGAGUGCUUUGAAUUUUCAACAAAGCUUUCCAAACACGCCUCGCCAACUAUUUGCUCAUUUUUCUGGACUGGCCUAGCCAACCCGAAGAAAACAGAUCACCGCUUUUUUGCUCAUGGAUCUAGCGAAAAGUCCAUUUCAGAUAGUUGUAAAGUGGCGUUCACGAGAGAAUUCGUUGCAAUUAGUAGUAGAGAAUUCUUUGCAGGAACUCAGGAAUGUCGAAGAUAUUUUCUCUUUGACGUGGAAAGUUUAUAGAACUCUUGAAGCCCUCCCUAUACAUAAUAUAUUUAUCUAUAGAGUGAGAGAACUUUAUUAAGAUAAAAUGAAAGACUUUAGAGAAUGGGAUAAGAUGAUUUCAUAUGUCAUAAUUUGCACUUUUAAUGAUUGGGCUUGUUUGCUAUAUAUGAUAAGAGGCUUCGUCCAUCGUUAUCCAUUUUUGACAAACUUGGUGAAUAUAUGUAAAUUUGUGUUGUUUAUUAUUGGUAAUAUUUAUUGCAGGAAUUUCACUCAAAUCUUGCAACACUCAGUAAGCUUAUGUCUUGGUGUAACCAGCUAGAGGAAUUUAUUGAGGUCUUCUGUUUGGCAAGAAAUCGAAACCACAGCGAAAUUUUGGGAAAAGUCAAAGGCGUUGCCAGAAAAAUAUGGGACCACGCCCAUAUUGGAACCCACUCAAAUUUUUGUCUAGAUCCGCCACUGACGGAGAUCAAGCUUCUUGUAUCACUCCAAAACUCUUACGCCUUUAGCAAUACUAUCUUUUUCCAAUAAACAGUUGAUAAAAUUCUGGCAUGUAAAACCCUAGAGGAGAACCAAAAUUCAACUAAUGGCAUUUAACAGAUACACAUAGCGACACGGUAUGUAUGGUUUAUUUGUAAUGAAUAUCAUACAGGAAAAAUUUAUAUUGUUGAAAACCUUUUGGCGAAGUGAGACCGUUUACGAAAGUUAGUUUGUUACUCAUGUUCCGGGAUCUCUGAAUCACGUUACGUGUAAAUUGCGCAAUCCCGCCUUCGCGGGGGGCAACUGCGUGUCUUGAAAGGGAACGGUAGUGGCGCAUUCCGCCAUGGAAGACUGCCACGACUUGUAGAGCGAAGCAAAGGUGCAAAUCCUUUCAAUCUCAGGGUUCUGCAGCCUGAAAGAUAUCGCGAAUAACCGAGAAUGCUACAGGAAGCGCCCAAAUAGGGGUAACUACUAAAUAGCGUGAGUUCACAUGAAUUUACCACGACACUAAAGGCCGCCUAAACAGCGAAGGAAUUCAGUUCUACCUUAUGGAUCUAUGACUUUGAUAUAGGUCACCACCGGUGACUUCGCCUACAAAUUAACAUAACCACUGGAAAUUUUAUGUUUGAUGACACGAAGAAGAUCUUAUUUAAUUGAUUUUCUAACGAUAUAACUCCAUCAUGUCGACAAACAAAACCAACAGCACCACGCCACCACAACCCGCCAAAAAAGGACGAAACACAAACCAACUUCAGUAUCUUUUGAAAACGAUCAUGCGACAAGUUUGGAGGCACUCUUAUGCCUGGCCAUUUCACAGUCCCGUGGACGUGGUCAAGUUGAAUCUACCGGAUUAUUAUGAUAUUAUCAAACAACCAAUGGAUUUAGGAACAAUUAAGAAAAAGCUUGAAAAUCUUGAGUACAACAAUGCUAAAGAAUGUAUUGAAGAUUUCAACAGGAUAUUUCAAAACUGUUAUACAUAUAAUAAACCAGGCGAGGAUGUUGUUCUUAUGGCACAAGAACUCCAGAAAUUUUUUCAAGAUAAAGUUAUGUCCAUGCCUCCUGAGGAAGUUGAGUUGCCUUCCAAAAGUUCUCGCCCACAACUGAAACCAGCAACCUCCACUCAAGAUGGAGCUCCGCCUACAAAGAGAAGUCGAAGGGGUGGAAAAAUUAAAUCUACUGCUGCAGAUACAACCCAACCGGCCCUAGUAUCUGCACCAGUUACUACACAAGUACCUGAAACUGUUGGGUCUACGAAUGCACAAGUGACAAGUCCAUCAAAUGUAAACGCUAAUGCAGUCACCAGCACAACGAUUGCACCAAUGUCUGCCGAUACUCCUGCAAACCCAAUUGUUAUGCAAACCAAGGUUAAAUCCGGGGUGAAAAGGAAAAAGGCAGACACAACUACACCAAGUUCUACAGUGAAUGACAUCCCUGCAUCUCCAGUGACUCCAAUCGAGCUUGCUGCACCAUAUCUUUCUGGAAAAGUAAGAUCAAGAAGAGAGUCUCACCGCAGUAUAAAGAAGCCAAACAAAGAUUUGCCUGGUGAAGAUCUCGCAAAGCCCCAACAAAGCAAGAAGCGAUCAAAACUCAGCGAGCAGAUGAAGUACUGCAAUGGAAUUCUUAAGGAACUUUUUUCUAAAAAGCAUAUGUCCUACGCGUGGCCUUUUUACAAGCCAGUUGACGUCCAAGGGCUGGGACUGCACGAUUACCUCGAUAUAAUAAAGCACCCAAUGGAUCUGGGAACUGCUAGGAAAAAGAUGGAUAGCAGAGAAUACAAAAAUGUGCUGGAGUUUGCCAGCGAUGUUAGAUUAGUUUUCGCAAACUGUUACAAAUACAAUCCACCCGAUCAUGAUGUUGUCGGUAUGGCAAGGAAAUUACAGGAAGUAUUUGAAUACCGUUUCGCAAAAAUGCCAGACGAGCCUAUACCUGAACCGGAACAAAAGCCGGUCACUAAAGGAACUGACGAUGCGGACACACAUGCAGAGUCGGAAUCGGAAUCGGAAGAACAACAAAGCUCGUCAUCCUCAGACAGCGAAGACGAAGAGAAGAAGAAAUUGCUACAGUUGGAAUAUGAGCUUAUUCGUGUACACGAUGCUCUGUCAAAGCUAACUUCACAACGGAAACAGAGGAAGAAGAAAAGCAAAAAGGACAGCAAAGACAAACGUAGAGACAAAGAUGGCAAGGAGAAGUCACACAAAGAUAAAAGCAAAUCUGUUGAUGACGAAUCGAAGCCAACGUUAACAAAGAAUGAUAAACAGAAGUUGGAAGGUCAGACAAAGAAAAAAGACGAUUUACCUAUUAUUGAAUCAAAAACAUCGGGGAAGUCGGAGAAUGAAAAGAAGAAAUCAAAGUCACCAGCAAAGAGCGAAGGGACCAAGAAAAAACCAGCGGCAGGGCGGUCCAAAAAGCCCAAGCCUGUCGAGAAGGAAGUUGUUGCCGAGGAGAGUAAGGACGACGUUGCUGCUGCCCGGGCAAUGACGUAUGACGAGAAGAGGCAACUCAGCUUGGAUAUAAACAAACUGCCAGGCGAUAAGCUCGGCAAAGUUGUCCAUAUCAUACAAACACGCGAGCCGACACUCAAAGGAACAAAUCCAGAUGAAAUAGAAAUCGACUUUGAAACGCUGAAGCCGGCAACGUUGCGUGAGUUGGAAAAAUACGUUAACUCGUGCAUGCGCAAAAAGUCGAAACCUCCAGCGAAGAAACCGAAAACGGCGGAGGACAGAGAAGCAGAACAGGCUAGAAAGAAAGAAGAGCUUGAGAAACGACUGCAGGAUGUCAGUGGAAAAUUACAAGCUGCGCAGCCUAAAAAGAAGUCAAAUAAAAGAGAUUCGCAGCAACUUGGUCCGAAAUCGUCCCGACUGAGCGCAAGUAGCAGCAGCAGUGACAGUGACUCUAGCAGCUCAUCCUCGAGCUCAAGUUCAGAAUCAAGCUCAGACUCUGAAAGUUCUGAUAACGAAACAGGUAAAGUUGCUACUGUGAAGGCGCACAAGACACCAAACAGUACUUCAAAGGCCAGCAUUACAGCAGAGAAAAAGACAAAGGUAUCGGCAGCAGCCAAGACGCAAGUGCCUAUUGACGCCAACCCACCCGUCAUAUCAAGAGGACUAUCAGUGGAUCAAGCGAAAAAGCCAACAGCCUCGUCAGCCGUCAGUCGUCAAAUCUCUGCUCCGUCGCCUAUUGUAACUGCAAAACAGCCACCAGUUCCAGAGCAACACAAAGUGUCAAGUCGACCACAGAGCUUAGCAAUACAUGAAACUACAAAGUCAGUCACCUCGCAACAAAAGCUAACCGUUACUACAGUGAAAUCAACCGGCGUCAAGAAAACGAAUCCGUCGGUUUCUUCUCCUGCGGUUACCAAUCCUUCAGUUUCCUUGACUCCAAAGGCGCCAUCUAUAACGAGUCCCAUUGCUAAGCCGGUUUUGAAUGUCUCAAGCAAUGCUGUUGCUAAACAGCCUGUCACGCCGGCACCUGGGACUCCAAUUUUGUCACCCCCUGUUGCAAACCAGUCGCAUGCAGCCGCAAAGACACCAGCCCCACCUGUAAAAUCUUCAGCUCCAACCGUAAAAUCAUCAGUCCCAAAUGUAAAGUCUUCGGCCACGACUGUGACUGGAAAGGCCCCGACCCCAGUCUCAAAACCCCCGACCCCAAUCUCUAAACCCGCGACCCCAGUCUCUAAACCCACGACCCCAGUCGCAAAACCUGCGACCCCCGUCUUAAAGCCAGCGACGCCUAUUGCUUCUGCAAAUAAAUCUACGACGAACGACACAACUAAGACGGCAAAAGUGGUGACCUCGAAGUCUGACUCUGUCAAGACACCGCAGUCACCGUUUCAAGUCAAUGUUAAAAGCAGCGCGUCUACGAAUGCUGCUGGUACACCGACUGUGACUUCUGCAGCAGGUUUAAAUAGUGCAGCAGGUUUAAAUAGUGCACCAUCAAAAGACAAGAUUUCGUUUGGAAUGGCUGAUGAUAAGCUUAUCCCAGCGAAUGUUGCUCCUAGUAAAAAACCAGGGAGUCUUCUAGCUUCGAAAGAUUCGUCCAGUGAUUUACCUGACAAUAAGCAAGAGGCAACACAAGUCAAAAAGGAGAAUCCGUUGAAGCAUGUGAGCUCGUGGGGAAGUCUCGCCAGCACAAACCAAACAAAACCAACAACAAAAAUCACAACCAGUGCUCACUUUGAACAGUAUCAAAAAUUGGCAAGGGAGAAAGAAGAAAAGGAAAGAGCUCUGAAACAGCAAGAAGAACAGUUGCGACAACAAAGGGAACGAGCUGAGCAAGACCGAAUCAGACUUGCUGAAGAAAGAAAAAUGGAAAAGGAAGAGGAAGAAGCUCUUGAAAAAGCAAGAAAGCAACAAGCAGAACUGUCUGCUAAAUCAGAGCAAGCGAAAACAGAAGCUCAGAAAAACAGAGAGAGGGAGAUCGAAAGAAGAAAAGAACAAGAGCGGCGAAAACGUGAAGCGCAAGCACGAACUGUUGACAUGAACAUGCAAAGUGACAUAAUGAGCUCGUUUGAGGAAAUGAUGUGAAAAUUUGAAGCCACUGUCCAGUAAGGCAAUUCGAUGCAGCAGACCACAGAGUCGUAUGAGGCCACAGUGUCUUAUGUUAAAUUACAUCGAGACUAUCUUGCACAUUUAGUGUAAAUUUGACUGUAUGCCGUUCAUAUUUUUGAUUGUUUCUUACUUUGUGCAUCGAUACUAAGGUAGUUAAUCGUAUGCUAGCUAAAUUUGCAUAUGGAAGUAAGUUUAUAAUGUCAAAAGAUGCGAGGUCAAAAGUCGCACGGUCACAAGUCGCAAAGUCAAAAGUCGCAAGGUCAAAAGUUCAAAGGUAAAAGUCGCAAGGUCAAAAGUUCAAAGGUAAAAGAACGCUAGAUUAAUUGUUAUAAGUGGAAGAAGGAUCGAAUGUAGUGCAGGGAAAUGAUGAUGAAGAUCGUUGUUGUGAGAGAUAAAUUAUCGUUGGUACCUCAGCUUCUAGUUUGGAACUGUCGUUAAUGGAUUUUCUGCAAUCAAGCAUUAACGUGUAAUUGGCUGUUUUAAUGAAAAUUCGUGUGCUUAAUGUGCGUAUGUAUUAUCAGGGCAGACCAGAGUCGUCUUUGCUCUUUAUUCUUCGUAAAUUAAUGAUGUUAGUUUCAGAUGUUUUUCACUCGGCAGAUAGUAACAGACAUUCUGUUUAUCUCCUUUUCUUAUUUCGUAUACACAUCACACGAGUUUUCUUAUUGAGCUCUUUAUAAUGCUUAUUGUUACAGCGUAAUAUAAUGCAUUUGUUCGUUCGUUCAUUGACGUCAGAACGACAUUUUGCCUUAACUCAUUACAGGUUUCAGAAGAAUCCUGAUGAAAUUCUUUGCCUCUCACGGGUUAGAUAAUAUUCUGCAAUUUCACAGUAUUUAGGCGCUAGAGAAGUUAACGAGAAAGUUGAAUGCAAUUUGACUGCAGCUUUGACAUAAUGUUUUACAUACAGUCAAGUAGUAGUGUGCAAAACAAAGCUUGCUUAGGUUGAAGCCUAAUGAAGACUGGCAUCAAUUUUGUACUCAUUUAAAGAACGGGGGUUUCCAUCCUGCAAAGCAGUUCAUCCCAUCUCCCACCAAAGCAGUUACUAAACCAGCCCAAAUCUACCGUUACAAGUCCAAGUAGGAUUUUAGUACUUUACAUGGUCUGCAUGAAAUGUACCCUGAACAAUUAGCGUUACAAAGUAUUCAAGAUGUAAUCGGCAGUAAUAAACGUUUAAACUGUGAACAAGUUAUCACAGAAACAUUAGCCAGUUUGUUAUGAUUUUGAAUUUAAUUUGUGACAUCUUAUUAUGCAGAUUAUGCCAUAUUUUUAAUACAUCUUAUUCUGUGUGCUAA